AACUCAGAGAGAGAGAGAGAGAGAGAGAGAGAGAGAGAGAGAGAGGGUCUCUGCAGAACGAGCUUUGACCUCUCUCUCAGAGAACCCAUGGCGCAUUCACACUUUUGAAGAGUUUUUUUUCCUCCCCUUCUUAAUCUUUCCCCGGAACAACUCUUUCAAUCUCUCUCUCGUUGAGUUCUUCAGAAGAUUCAGAAGAAACCCAUUUCGAUUUCUGGGUGUUUUCGGAGAAAUUUUGAUCUUCGUUCCUGGAUUUCAGAUUUUGUAACAUCGAGAUCUGUUUCCCCCUUUUCGUUUACUGGGUGUUGUUAGAGUCUGUGUAGAAAUCAGACCCUCUGAAAGCUCGAGGAUCUGAUUCAUGGGGAAUUGCUGCGCCACGCCGGCCACUCCUUCAGGGAAGAAUCAUCACAAGGGGAAGAACAAGAAGCCGAACCCAUUUGCAGCAGAUUAUGUAGUGAGCAACGGCAAUGGCGUUGGGAACUGGGUGUUGAAAGAUCCGACGGGCCGCGACAUUUCUGCUCAAUACGAUCUGGGCAGCGAGCUCGGGAGAGGCGAAUUUGGAAUAACUUAUCUAUGCACUGAUUUAUCCACUGGAGAGAAACUCGCCUGCAAAUCCAUUUCGAAGAAGAAGCUGAGAACGGCUGUGGAUAUAGAUGAUGUGAGGAGGGAAGUUGAGAUUAUGAAGAAUUUGCCUAAGCACCCGAAUAUUGUGUCGCUGAAGGACACCUAUGAGGAUGAGCAUGCUGUUCAUAUUGUGAUGGAGCUGUGUGAAGGUGGAGAGUUGUUCGACAGGAUUGUUGCUAGGGGACAUUACACAGAGCGAGCUGCUGCAGCUGUCAUGCGGACCAUUGUUGAAGUUGUUCAGAUGUGUCAUAAACACGGUGUUAUGCAUCGUGAUCUCAAGCCUGAAAACUUCCUCUUUGGAAAUAAGAAGGAAACAGCUCCGUUAAAGACAAUUGAUUUCGGGUUAUCGGUGUUCUUCAAACCUGGUGAGCGGUUUAACGAAAUUGUUGGAAGUCCGUAUUACAUGGCGCCUGAGGUCCUGAAAAGGAACUAUGGUCCAGAAGUUGAUGUCUGGAGUGCUGGGGUUAUACUCUAUAUUUUACUUUGUGGUGUCCCACCUUUUUGGGCAGAAACCGAACAGGGGGUUGCGCAGGCUAUCAUUCGCUCGGUAAUCGAUUUUAAGAGGGACCCCUGGCCUAUAGUCUCCGACAAUGCAAAGGACCUUGUGAAGAAAAUGCUUGAUCCUGACCCCAAAAGGCGACUUACCGCUCAAGAAGUCCUUGAACAUCCAUGGUUACAAAAUGCCAAAAAGGCUCCAAAUGUUUCAUUGGGUGAGACUGUGAAAGCAAGGCUAAAGCAGUUUUCAGUAAUGAACAAGCUCAAGAAAAGAGCUCUACGGGUUAUUGCCGAGCAUUUAUCAGUAGAGGAAGUGGCUGGAAUCAAGGAGGCAUUUGAAAUGAUGGAUACUGGCAAAAGAGGGAAGAUAAACCUUGAGGAGCUUCGUGUAGGAUUACAAAAGCUCGGUCAGCAGAUUCCCGACCCCGAUCUUCAGAUACUCGUCGAAUCUGCUGAUCUUGAUGGUGAUGGGACAUUGAAUUACGGAGAAUUUGUCGCGGUUUCGGUUCAUCUUAAAAAGAUGGCCAAUGAUGAACACCUGCACAAAGCGUUUUCGUUCUUUGAUCAAAACCAGAGUGGGUACAUAGAGAUCGAAGAGCUUCGAAAUGCACUAAACGAUGAUGAUGAAACGAAUGGCGAGGAGGUUAUCAGUGCCAUCAUGCAUGAUGUGGACACAGAUAAGGAUGGACGUAUAAGCUACGAGGAGUUUGUAGCCAUGAUGACGGCGGGUACGGAUUGGCGAAAAGCAUCAAGACAAUAUUCGCGGGAAAGAUUCAACAGUCUAAGCCUAAAGUUAAUGAGAGACGGAUCAUUGCAUCUAAGUAACGAGGGUAGAUGAAUCACAAACAACAUCGAAAGCCGAUUGAUUAUCGCUAUCAGAAUUGGAUACAGGGGAGAAACUCUUAAAUUUUCAUAUAUUUUUUUUCCUUUCUCACCACUUGAAGAUGUUAGAACAGACAUUUUGGGAUAGGGAGGAUUAGAAUGGAGGUCCAAACUAAAAGGGCCAUUGAGAUCAGAGGAGAAGAUCACCUAGUUGUAGAGAGAGAGAAAAAGAAGAAAUGGGUAUAAAAAAAAUGUUGGUUAAAGACUUCAGUGUGUGAUUGUUGUGUGUAUAUAAUCAAUUAGGCCAGCAAGUGAUUUCAUUUACUGCUGAAAUUAUGUAAGAAUUUGCUUCAUUUGAUCUCUCAUAUUUUUUCAA